CAACACAGACAAUAACCAAUCAAAAUGCCCAUUUUUACAGAUCCCAGCAAAUUGACAAAAGCAAAACUGAAAGAAGAACUUAUACGUUUUAACGUGAAAUUGCCACCUUCUACGUCUAAAAAGCAAGUUUUGGUUGAUCUUUAUGAGCAACACAUUAGUCAAUUAAACGAUCCUAGUAUUUUCGAAGACGAGUUCGUUGAAGGAAGUUCUGAACAAGAGGUUGAGGAAACCGAAAGUGAAGACGAACAAAACUCCAAUUCUGACAUUGAGUCUGAAACGGUUUCAUUUGAAGAACCACAGAAAGAGACAAAGGAAGCCAUGACUAUCAAUGCUGAAGAUUUGUCAGAUAAAGAGUUGGCAAAUGAACUACGCCUUUUAGGUUUUACACCUGGGCCUAUUGGAACUACAACAAGAAGAGUGUAUGAAAAGAAAUUAGUGAAACUGAGGCAGAGCUCAGGGGAUGCUAUAAAAGUUUCACCUAAAUUAUUUCAACAGAGGUAUGAUGAAGUACCAGAUGAUGAAGAUAAACAACCACCUGUUAAGCCAAGAUCACCAAGGAGGCGUCCUCCACCAAGAAGAAUUCAAAGAGAAGAACCAGUUGACGAACCUGUUGAGGAACCAGUAGAACAAAAAAUCACAGAGAAUCCUGUAUUAACCAGGCGUCCACUGACUGCAAGAACAAGAGGAAAGACAGAACGAUCAUCACCUACAGCAUCUUCAGAGACCACAUCCACAACAGAAGAGAAAUCUGGUGGUGGAAUACCAAUGUGGGUCAAGCUUGUUAUUUUCCUAUUGGUGGCUUUCUUUGUUUACCUUGUUAUUGUGAACAUGGAACCAUCAGCUGAUGGCAAGAUACCAAAGUCCAUCACAGAAGGAACAUGAUCUGUAUAUAUAACAUUGUGGACACUGACAAUAUUAUUUAAAAUGUAUAUGUAAUUAUCAUGUAGAUUAAUGUUAAUUGGACAUUGUGUUCAUUGUAACUUGCAUAGUUAUUGUGUCAGUGAUACAUUUUUAUUGUAAUGGUACAUGACGGCUUUGGGUUUCAUUAUUGCAACAUUGCUUUGCUAAAAUAGCUCAUAAUAUCAAACUGAAAGAUGUUUUUUAUUGGAGAGGCUAGCAUGCUACCUUUAAAUAGAAGUAUUAGAAGAUGAAAUAUUUUACAUCACACAAAUGUGAAAUUUUAGUGAAAAAUUAUUUAGAAAGGGUUAAAGUUUGAAAUUAUGUACCAUUUAUAGAAAGAUUUCCAAAAUCUACUGGUCAGUAUCCAUAAAUAUAAAUAGCAAUAAAGCUUUGUUUAACUUUAUUGCUAAAGGAUAAAGGAAAAAACCAUUAUUAAUGCAAACAAUAAGAUUGAAAAAUAAUAAGUUAUUAUUGUUUCAAAAUUCAUUUGAAAUGCUUCUACCUAUAAAUUAUUCAUUUUUAUUGCCUUCCAACUUUAUAUACCCUUAAAAAAUGUCAAAAGAGAGUAUAUGUUCUUGGGCCGUAAAGUUUAGAUCUCAUGGAAUGCUAAAAUCAACGUGAAUUAUCCAAAUCAAGACAAAAGAAUGAUUUAUGUUUUUUAUUUCAUAAAUUCAGAUUUCCAUUUAUAUGUGCUUGUAAUUAUAUAUCAAUGCAAGUGAAUGUGACGCAUAUGAGUUUAUAGUGGAUUGACCAUUAAAUUAACACCACAAUGUUGUGCUUCAUCAGGGUUUACCACAAAUUUUGUUAAUAAGGAUGGUGCAUACUGAAAUCAAAAUCAAGUUUUCAUCAUGUAUCAAAUAAACAGAACGGUAAUUGUUUAUCCUGAUAGACUGAUUAAUGAUUCUCACAUUCAGACAACCCACACUUCCUGAGUACAAGAUUAUAUAUUGACAUACAUGUAAACUUUUUAAAAUGCUGUUUAUUGCUAUGACUACAGUUAAUUUAUAAUGUUAUGAUUGUAAUGAUAAAGUCACAACAAAUUAUUGUGAUGUGCUUAAAUCGUAGUCUAUAUUGUUGUUUGAAAUACUUUGCUUUGCGAAUUCAUAGAAGGAAUUAAACAUUUUAAUGUAUAUAAAGAACAGUAUAAAGCCAA